CCUGUUUACGCUGUUGCUUGUGCCACCAACACAACAUUGCAGAUGACUCUUCAAGAUACCAUCUUGAGAGAUUCCAACAACAGAAUCGGGUCUAUUGUUUCAGGACAUCAGUUUCAAUUCGAUGGUCCUGUCCCACAACAUGGUGCUAUUUAUGCUGCAGGUUGGUACAUCACCGAACACGCCCAGUUAGCCUUAGGAAACUCUACUGAGUUCUACCAAUGUGCUUCGGGUGAUUUCUACAAUUUGUACCAUGAGCCCAUUGGAUUGCAAUGUAAUCCUGUUGUCUUGGAUGUCGUCGAGUUGAUUGAAUGUUAA